UGAUCACAAGCAACGGUGCGCAAUGUUUGCGUUUUCUUCCCUGACAGCUAACAGGCAGAAGAAGUCUGUAUGUUAAAAACAAACCUGUUUGGCGUUUGAACUGUGGUUCAGCACGGGUUUUUGUUUUCCCGGAGCCGUGGUGGGAUUGGAGUUUGUGUUCGCUGUGCGUGGAUUAACUCGACACUGCAGCUCUCGGAUGUCUUCAAGUCUCACAUUGUGGUUUGUGUUCGUCAACAACCAGUCAAUAUUUUAGUUUGAGGCUGUACGAUUUUUUUUAAACUCUGCCAAGUUUGUAACGUAAACUUGGGAUUUACUCCAGGACACCGACGGACACUUGUUGAAAUUCAUUUUUUUUUUCCUGAGCCUUUGCUAACGUUGUUAGCAGCGUUUAGCUAAAGAGGCUAACUCUGUUUUGCGGUUCACCGGCGUCCACGUUUGUUGCGUUUUUAUUUCUUCUUCCUCUCGGUUUUAUUGUCUUUAGGUGUCACGUACUUAUUUUUUAUCGACAUGAUUGAGACGUCAUUCACAGCAACUUAGCUAAGCGGCAGCUGUGAACUUCCAGCGCUACUUUAGCUAACCCUAUGACAGCUAGCGUUUCUGGAGCACAACCAAGUAUUUUGUUGUUAAAAAUAUCGCCAUGAAGUUAUGUCGUCCCGUAAAACUCGUUUAUUAAGGGUAUUUUCUUUGUUCAAAGUUGUCACAGUGAACUUGCUGGCACGUUUGGCUCGUCAGUACGGUUUACUCCGCUGAGUUGCCAACUUUGAUUGUGGAGCUGUAACGUUAGCUUAGUUUACAGCCGCUGCGGGCUAAACACAUAUGCGAGGUACUUGUAAGAAGUCCAAUGGGCUCAUUGAGAGAGUUCAAUAAUUAGACUGCCAUCGCCGUCCCAGACACUUUUUUCUGAGUCGGAGAAGUUGUGAAGCUGCGGCCCUCACGAUGUCCGGCUCCCCGGGAACAGGUGGCUCCAAUCCGAGGAAGUUCAGCGAAAAGAUCGCCCUCCACAACCAGAAGCAAGCAGAGGAGACGCGGGCCUUCGAGCAGCUGAUGACAGACCUCACUGUCUCACGGGUGCAGUUUCAGAAAAUUCAGCAGCUUCGCUUGUCUCAGUCGAGGGCACAGUACUAUGGAGGCUCCCUGCCCAAUGUCAAUCAAAUUGUCAACACCAGCACUGACUUUCAGAGUGGCUUCCCUUCGGGCUUGGAUUCAGUCAGAGGUACUCGCCACCAUGGAUUAGUUGAGAGGGUCCACAGGGACCGUAACCGCAUCAACUCUCCCCACCGGCGGCCCCUUGACAAGCACGGACGACAGAUAGAGAGCUCUCCAUAUGGUGCAGUGUACCUGUCCCCACCUCCUGACAACAACUGGAGAAGGGAACAGCAACCAUGGACUGAGGAAAAACGGCCUGGGUUUAGAUUAAUAUCACAACUCAACAGAACCAACUCAGACUCUGCGCUUCACACGAGUGCUAUGAACCCGAACCCACAAGACCCCUUUGGCACGAAUCAGCAGUUGGGUCGAGGUCCUCCCCAGCGCAAUGGCUGGCAUGCAGCAAGUGCAAAUGAGGUUGAGGUGGAUGGCUCCGGAGAUAUCUUCUCCUUCCCUAGCUUGCCAAAUGAGGAGAGUCUAAUAGGUGUCAGCAAGCCCCUCCCCAAGCAGCUGUGGGAGGCAAAGAAGAUCCAGUCUCUAGCAUCAAGGCCUAAAUCCUGUGAAGUUCCUGGAAUCAAUAUAUUCCCAUCUCCGGAGCAGAACCUGAGUCUGUCCCAUUACCAGGGCUCAUUAAAUACCAGCGGCUCCCUGCCUGACCUCAGCAAUCUGCCCUUUCCCCCACCACUCACCACACCUUUGGACCCUGAGGACAAUACAGGAUACCCUAAUCUCAGUGGGGGCAGCAGCACUGGAAACCUACCGGCCGCCAUGAUGCACCUAGGCAUUGGCAACUCGCAGGGUCUCUCCACCUCUUUGAGCAAUCCCUCCAUUCAGGCAUCCCUCAACAGCUGCCAGAUGCAGUCAUCAAUCAGCAACCCGUCCAUCAACUCAACCAUGCGUCUGAGCAGCAACUCCCCUCGACGACGGCCAGCGCCCAUCAGCCCCCUCACCCUUUCUCCUGGCACAGAGCAGCGCAGGGGUCUGUCCAAGCAACUCUCUCCCACCAUGUCCCCCACAUUGUCCCCCAUCACACAGGGAGUUCCUUUGGAUACCAGCAGCAUGCCAAGGGAGCCGCCUCCACCCUAUCCUCUCUACCAACAAUCCCAGCAUGCAGUGGACCAGAGACGACAGCACCAACAGCAGCAACAACCACAACAACAGCAGCCGGUUUCUCCCCUUCAGAGUAUCCCACUGGACUUCACCACGAGCCAAUUGGACCAGUUCAGUCUGUUGGAAAACGCAAUGAACACCAUGACAGGAGGUUCUUGUUUUGACCCGUCCUCUCCCUCCUCGAUGUAUUACUCCCAGGCUGCCCUCGCGGGGCUUGGAGGUAGCCACGGCAGUCUGCAGGACCCGCUCAACAUAAGAUCUAAUAUGAUGUACUUCAACUGCAGCUCAGGGCUGCCCAACAUCAUACUCACGGAUGACUCAAACCCCAGUCUGUCAAAGGACAUCAGCGCCGCACUUUCCGCAGUGCCUGAAUGCUUUGACUCAGGAGGAGGCUUCCCAUUGGAGGAUGAGCUGCGGAUCGAGCCCCUCAGCCUGGACGGUCUGAGCAUGCUCAGUGAUCCCGACAUGGUGCUGCCGGAUCCAUCUGUGGAGGACUCGUUCCGCAGCGACAGACUGUGAAUGAUAAGUGCGCCACAGCUUUCACGGACCUGAUGUGCUUUGCCACGUGUUCACGUGGACUUUCAGUGUAAAUCUAAAUAUGCAUGCAAACAAUCUACAGGGCCAACGUGCAUGCACCCACUGCCACUAAGAUUGAUAAAUGUGAAUGGCGUGAACACUGUGCAUCACACUUUUAUUUGAGACUUGUGAACAAAUGCUGUUUACACCAGCUUGCUCUCACAUAGACUCAAGAUCAUUUUUUUCCAGUCAUUUUGAUAACUUUAAACGAGGUGGACCGGUGUAAACAUGUUUGAAAUCAGCACUGAGAGUGGAAGGCGCUCCAGCUGCAAGAUACUGCUUCUGCGCAUUCUCCAGGGUAAAAAACAAAAACAAAACACGAUGAUCCUGUAAGGAGUCAGAGUCCCCCUGCUUCUGUCUCGCAUUAACAGUUCUUAGCCUUCCCUGGAAACCACCAUGGCAACCUCAUUGCCACGGUGACACACCAUAGAAACCCCAUUGCCAUAGUGAAGAGCAGCAUAAAUGCCAGCACAUGCUAUUAACUGCUUGUAGUGUCACUGUGAACUUUAGUGAAUAGCACGACAGCUGGAGCAGAGAAACAUCUGGAGCAGGGAAACAUCUGGCGGUCGAGCUUCCUGCAGGUGAAGGAAGGAGGCCAUAGCAUCAUCGCUACUGUAGCUUCUCUAACAGCCGUGGUAGAAAUGAAGACGAACGUUAGCUUCAACAUGAGAUUAUGUUCGAGGUGUUUGCCACAGACCUUUAACUAUAUACCAAUAUACAAAAACCUCACUUUAAGCCCGAUUAGAAUGUAUUUUGAAGCUAGAGGUAAAAAAAAAAAGGGGGCAAACUGUUUACAAUGAGAUUUUAGUCAAUAUUACUGUUAUUUUGUUUGUUUUAAUGAUGUACUAUAUUUUUCAUUGAGAUUUGCAUUAAUGUUCCCCCUCAGUCAUCGAUGGUGACACCGCUUUGACAGCACAGGGACAGCAGCAAAAAAAAAAAAAAA